AUGAGAGAUAUUUCGAGAGAGAAACACCCUCCACAAAGGGGAGGCCUCCUAAGUGACACUAUUCCUAAUCCCAAGAGUGGUGGAGAAGAAGCAGAGAUUGAGGCGCCAUUUGAGGUGCCAAGUGAAGUUGAGGAAGUGCAAGUGGAAAUUUCAAAAGUGAUUGAAUUUGAUCCGGUGCUAGAUGUUCCAAAGGCUCAAGAUAGGUUAGUGAAAAAAACUGAGGAUGCUAAGUGUCAGCGGUUCUAUGAUCAACUGAAGCAGCUGUCGAUGAAUAUUUUGUUUCUAGAUACCUUCCAAGAAAUGGCAGGUUUUGCAAAGUAUUUAAAAGAGCUAUUGACCAAGAAGAGACCGGUCGAGCAUGACACAGUGAGUAUGACUCAUCGUGUUAGUUCUAUCAUAUCUAUAACCAGGGUUCAGAAGAAGGAGGAUCCAGGUGCUUUUACUAUUCCAUGUUAUGUUGGCCACCAUGAUUUUGCUUGUACUCUCUGUGAAAAUGGGGCUAACAUUAACCUAAUGUCGCUUGCUAUCUAUAAGAAAUCGUGGUUGGGAAUGCCUAGACCUACUACCAUGCGACUGUAG